UAUCUCAAUCCUAUUUAGGCUCUCCUUGCACCAUCGCCUUCUCCCAAAAAGUAAAAAGAGAAAAGAACCUACCCCCACCCCACCCUACCCAACAACAACAAAAAAAAUAAAAAGAGCAGCAAGAUAUCUAUAAAUUGAAGAUAUCCUUUUCACAUUGACAUCCUUAGUUCUUAGUUCUUCCGAGUUCCUCUCCCUUUCCCGACCUUCACAGCCGCGCGCCGCUCGAGGAAUCAUAAAGGGAGCAAGUUCGUCUUUUUCGCCGCCGUCAAUGGAUAUUCAUCCUCCUCCUCGGCCAAUAGAGGGACUCCAUGACGCAGGCCCUCCACCCUUCCUUACCAAAACCUAUGACUUCGUCGACGACCCCACAACAAACAAUAUUGUUUCUUGGAGUACAGGGGGCAACAGCUUCAUCGUCUGGGAUCCCCAGAUCUUUGCAACGAGUCUUCUCCCCAGAUACUUCAAGCACAACAAUUUCUCUAGCUUUGUCAGGCAGCUCAACACUUAUGGCUUUAGGAAGGUUGAUCCAGAGAGGUGGGAGUUUGCCAAUGAAGGGUUUCUUAGAGGAAGGAAGCAGCUUCUGAAGAACAUCAGGAGGAAGGCGACUCAACCUCAGGCUUCACAGCAGCCUCUGGACGCUUGUGUUGAGGUUGGGCGGUUUGGAUUAGACGGAGAAGUUGAUUGGUUGAGGCGUGACAAGCAGGUUCUAAUGGCGGAACUGGUGAAGCUUAGACAGGAACAGCAGAAUACUAGAAGUUACCUUCAAUCAAUGGAAGAUAGACUUAGAAAGACAGAACGGAAACAGCAUCAGACGAUGAAUUUCUUGGCAAGAGCAAUGCAGAAUCCCAACUUUUUACAGCAAUUAGUUCAGCAGAAGAACAGAAGAAAAGAAUUCGAGGCAGCAAUAAGUAAGAAGAGAAGGCGCCCUAUUGAUCAAGGUGGAGGAGGAACCUUUGUUGUUAAAGUUGAGCCUCAGGAUUCCAGUGGCAUGUCCGAGUUAGAAGUUUCAGAGCUGGAAAGAUCACUUGGUAUUAACAUGCAAAAGAACCCAUUGGAAGAACAUAUAGAGAAUGGAGAUCAGGAACAUGAUGAAGGAUUCUGGGAAAAUCUGUUAAAUGAGAAUAUCGAAGAAGAAAUUGGCCUAUUGGGUCUUGAACAAGAAGAUGAUGAUGAGGAAGAUCAUGUGGAUGUUUUGGCUGAGCAGCUCGGUUACUUGGCCUCUACUCCUAAUUAAAUAGAUGAUCAGAAGUGUACUAUUUUGCUUCAAUUAUGAUCAGCUGGCUUUGGCUUGGGGAGUACUUGUUAUCUGACUGCCUAAUUAAUCUACUGUUUGUUUUCCUAUUUAUUUAGGUCUCCUUGGGUUUCUUGGAAUGGACAAGCUAGGGAGCGCAUGCAAUGUACAUGAACACUCAACUCUGAAGAAUGCACUUCAAAGGGCUAAGCAGACGGCAUUAAUGCAUGACAUUGCGAACAAUAUUAAUUGCUUGUUUUGUAUAAUUACUCUACAAUUAAUUCUAUCUCUUUUAGGUGCCCUUCAAUGUGAUUAAUUAAUUG